ACAACCAAAAUAAGAUGGCCGACAGCGAAACAAAUAGAGCGCCGUCGUAAAUAACAAACCGUCCGAAAACACGUUCCGGAGCGGGUGCGUCGGUCCGCACGUGUGUGUCCCCGUGUUCGCCGCCCGGUCGGGCACGUGUACGUUCGCCCAGGGCGACGACCAGGUGCGGCGUGCUCUUUCGAGCCCUUCCGCGCUAAAACGCGCGCGCGCUCGUUCUCUCUCUCUCGUUGCUCGCGGCGGCAGCGUGCAAUUUCUUGCGGCCGAGGCACGCUCGCGUGAGAGAGGCCGCUGCUCUUCGCAUACCAUUGUCACGCACGUGACGACGCGCGUGGACCGUAUCGUGUUGUGUUGAGAGUCGCGAGGGUGCUGCGAACACACCACACGCGGUGAUAGUGGUGGUGGUAGUGGUGGCAGCGGGCCCCCACCGAGAACGCCGUGUCGUUGCUGGACGACGCUGCGCCGUCGUCGUCGCCAGGAUGCGAUCACGCGCCGUGGCGAGCCAACUUGCGCCACGCCGAAACACGCGAUUCGCCUAGCUCCUCAUGCUAGUCUCGUCUUCCGAAUUGCUUGGGGCACAGCAUGAAGGAGAUGCUCGGAGGGUGCUGUGUGUGUUCUGACGAGAGGGGUUGGACCGAGAAUCCACUGGUGUAUUGUGAUGGACAGGGAUGCACUGUUGCUGUUCAUCAAGCGUGCUAUGGUAUUGUCACUGUACCAACAGGGCCAUGGUAUUGCAGAAAAUGUGAAUCGCAAGAACGGAGUGCCCGUGUGCGCUGCGAAUUAUGUCCAAGUCGAGAUGGAGCCCUUAAGAGGACAGACCAGGCUGGAUGGGCGCAUGUUGUUUGCGCUCUCUAUAUUCCAGAAGUUCGAUUUGGUAACGUGACUACAAUGGAACCAAUCAUAUUGCAACUCAUUCCUCCAGAAAGGUUUAACAAGUCGUGUUACAUCUGUGAGGAACAAGGAAGGGGCAAUAGAGCAAAUGUGGGAGCGUGCAUGCAAUGUAACAAAACAGGCUGCAGGCAGCAAUUUCAUGUCACAUGCGCACAGGCUCUAGGCUUGCUCUGCGAGGAAGCUGGCAAUUAUCUGGACAAUGUAAAAUAUUGCGGAUACUGUCAGCAUCAUUAUUCAAAAUUGGUUGGUAAUCUGGUAGUUGCUUCUGCAUUGCUCUCGCUAAGAAGCGGUUACUGUGUAACUCACUCGACCGGUUUGCAGAAAAAAGGUGGUAAUGUAAAAACAAUACCGCCUUACAAGCCCAUACCCGCCGACAACGGUUCUUCGGAUUCAUCGCCAGAGAAGGAAGCGGAAAUGCCGAUUAAAUCGUCGGGCGGCAAGCGGAAGAGCUCGAGCUCCAAGUCUACAGCGAAUUCCAAAAGUAAAUCGAAUGCUAGUCCGAGUUUAGAGAUAAACGGCGUCGCGGACGACAAGAGUGGUAGCGGUCGCAAUACGCCCAAAGAUAAUUCCACGAGUUCCAGCAAGUUCACGACCUCCAACUUCGUCGAGACCAUCGUCACACAGUCGGAGAGCGUGUUUGGACAUGACGUGACCGCUACCGCGGUCGCGACGGUGGCGGCGACAGCAGCAGUUACCGUUUCCUCGAUGAAGACGGCCGUCAGCAAUCCUAAUGCUACGCACAAGAACAUCAAUCAGACCAAGUCCAACUCGGCAACCGGCAAGACAGUGGGUCAUACUAACAAAAAGAGGAAGACCGGUGCGCGCACACCGACGGUCAUAGGAAACGAGAACUCUAAUCAGUCCGCGAGCUCGGAGGCCAGCGGAUCUGUCGUGGUCUCUGUUAGCUCUAUGAUGCAGCAGACACUGCCUAGCAAUAACAUACUGCCGACAAUCACCGAGGCCACCAGCUUGAGCACAACGACGGAACCGGAAAAAUUGAAAAAGGUGAAGGUCGAAAGUCCGAUUCAGUCGUCUUCGAGCACGCCGAUCGCUACGGAAACGAGCGUCACACCUGUGAUAAUGGCAGUAACGCAAUCCCAAUCGUUAAUUCUCACCCAAUCGCCAACGACUUCGUCGAAUAGUAUAGUCGUCUCCGUGCCGUUGACCGCCACCUCACUUUCCACAGUUCAAAGUAUGGUAACGAGCGCACCCACUCUGUAUCAGCAGCUACAGCAGAGUAUAAUUACUACGGCCGCCAAUACCGAGCCGCGAUCCAGCGCGACUGCCGAGAGGUUUCCCACGGAAGAAAUGCCGGUGAAACGAUCUCGGUCUCAGUCGUCGGAUAAACAAGAGAAGGUUCGUAAGCCGAAGCGUGGCUCCAACAACCAACCGUCGCUGCAGCAGUCACAAACGACCACCUCAUGUGUCGCAACCUCCGUAGCCAGUGGCACUGUGAUGACGUCUAAAAGAGGUGGCAGGAACAAUCAUCAAACUCCCCCGCCGGCAGUCACGGUAGCUCCAGUGCCGUCAAUAAUACAUGGCCCUACACAAGGUAGCGGACACUUCAGUGGCCUCGGAACAGGCCUCGUGAACACUAUCGGACCUGCUACUGUUAAAGAGUCGCCACCCAGCAGUCCUGGCUCGGAAAGUAUGAGUAGUAGCGGUCCAGGAAGACGAAAGAGAAAAUUGAACACCACUGCCGCGUCCACGCCGUCCGCGUCGACUACGCCUACCACUCUCGCCAAUACUGCGUUAAAGGAAGAGAAUAACGUGAAAUUGUUUCAAAAUGGAGUCAGCGCACCACACAUGCUGGGAAAUCAGUUGAAUCCUACUUCCACGAUGGCGCAGAAAAUGUCUGACACGCUUUCGCAAGAGCUCGAGGCUCAUUCCAUCUUCACGGAAGCAAGCAACUCUAAUACAAAUCUGGUCGGGCCGCAGCUACACAGUCGAGUAAUUGCGUCUAUACGAUCUAACCAAUCGAAUGUACCACCUACCUCGUUCUCUUCGGUUUUCUCCGCGAACGGCAACAAUACGAAUGCUAGUAUAGCCAGCACUAGCGGCACUUUAGGUGGCGGUGCAAUCCCGCAAUCGUUAGAUCAGCUUCUGGAGCGGCAAUGGGAACAGGGAAGUCAAUUUUUAAUGGAACAAGCCCAGCAUUUUGAUAUUGCGUCCCUGCUUUCCUGUCUGCAUCAAUUGAGAGCUGAGAAUCUUAGGCUAGAGGAACAUGUAAAUAAUCUCCUGCAGAGGAGAGACCAUUUAUUGGCUGUGAAUGCUAGACUCGCUAUACCAUUAACGACUCAGCCUAGUUCACACCCAGUGAAUAACAUACAUCCGACGGUGAAUCCGUCUCACCCCAACGUCACGCAUUCAGAAGUACCACCCGGUGCGCCAGCCCCGGUACCGAGAAUGAAUCGCGAGGGACGAGUAAAUAACACGUAUAUGCCUCACUCUGCUUCCGCCAGUCAUCCGACAACAUUGGAGAACGGUUUGCCACCAGAUCCUUCUCCACCUGCGGCGGCUUCUCUAUCACAAUAUCAACACCGGGGAUCACUUGUCGCCCCGCAACCGAGCCCCACAAUAAGGCACAGUCCAGCCGCUGGUGGAUAUCUUCAAGGUCAGCCGAGUAACAUAGUAUCACCGGCGCCAGCAAACACUUCCGGCGUGGUACGAAACUCAUCCGUCACACCAGAUCCGUUACGUGGAGUGCCCAGAUCAGCGGCGCAAUCAUCAAACAAUUAUAUGCCGCCGAUGUAUCAGCCCGGUAUGCCGGGUCUCACCAGCAAUCAAGUAGGCAGUGUUCACAACCUCCAUUCGCAUGGACCUUCACCGACCAGUCACGGGCCGUCAGGCAAACCCAGCUGAAGGUAGAUACACUCAAUGUGGCAACCGUAAAUCUUAAUGUACUAGAUCCACUGCCACACGCGUAGAAGAACGUUCGAGGAGAUGUUCGAAUCCCAUCGCGAUCAUUUAUUAGAGAGACCUAACUGCGCUUCUUCGCGAAACAUUGACUGAUGUACAUUUUCUACGUCGUUUGUCGGCAACCGUUUUCUUACUCGAUAAAUGGCAUCUCUUUAACGAUGUCGAUUGCAGUUUACAAUGUACAUACGUACGUACAUCUCAAUUUGUAUAUAUGUACACAUAUAUAUAUACAUAUAUGUAUAUACACACGUAUAUACAUACGUAUAUGUAUAUACAUAUAUAUAUAUUUCCAUAUCUUUUGACACAAUCUCGAUGAAACUGUCAUGUAUAUCAAUGAUGCAUACAAGGCUGAUAUUUUGCAUACAUAUAUUUCAUGGCAAUUUGACUACGAAUCCAUUGAACUAUAAUAAUACUAAAAUAUAUUUAGAAAGCAAUGCAUAAACGAAAGUCCUCCAAUGGAAUGAUUUUUUCUAUCGUAUGUAUGAUCCAAUGAAUACAUUUAUUUGACUUUUUAAAAAGAACAUGGGAAACAAAAUAUAAAUAGUAUAAAUUGGUAUAAAUUAAUAUUAAUGGUUGUUUGCUUCAACACUAUCUCUAUGUAAUAAGUUAUCUCGGCAAAAGAGGAAUAUCCGGAGCAUUUCACAAAUGUAUAAAACAAAUAGUAAGUGUCAUUUUAAUGAUAUUUUAAUGAUCUUUUUAUUUAGCUGUGGUUCACAGGAAUUUUAGGCAUGGUUUUCCUCGCUUCUGACGUCAUCGGUCCAAUAUAGCUGUGGUGAUUGAUCAGAAGUCUUAAGGCAAGAUAUAAAAGAGAAUCAUUAUAACGACAUUUUGUUUUGAACAAUCGAUUAACAAGAGACGCAUUAAGUAUUGUGACGUAUAAUAGCUAAAGGUUACUUUUGUUCUUAGAUUUGUAUUCUAUCGAUAGAGCUUGCUGAAAUACCAACCUGAUAAUAUUCACUACACAUUCAAUGUCGGUUUCCUCUAUAAAAAAAGAUCAUCGAUAUCAUGCGGGAGUAUCUAAAUUUCCUGUGAGAAAAAUAACGUCCUAACUAUUAUUAUAGUUCAACGUACGGAUCUCGUCUAAAAACAUUAUUAUUUUGCGUAUGCAUCGUAUCGGGUAUUCACCGUCCUUUCAUCAUUCGGUUAUCUAUCUUUACUUUAUCGUACUUGCCUCUGCACGUGCGAUUUUACGAAUUUUACGAAUUACAUGUACAUUGCAAUUGGAGGCUCAAUUAAAGUUAGAAUGCAUAGUGAUGUAAAAAAAGAAAAAAAAAAGAAAGAAGUCGCAACUUCAAACGAAGAAGCAGUUAGGCAGACUUGUCUCGUGGAUCUCCGAUGUUCGAAGAGCAUUCGUAACAUUCGUUGAAAUUUAUGAUUGUAUUUCAUCGCUGAAACGUAAUCCUUACAAAUGUAAAGUUAUUUCAACGGGGAUGAUCCUCUCCUUCACAAUUCGCGAAUUCGGCAUGUCUGAGACAUUCUGUUUCUCUCUUUGUAGGCAUCAUCGUAUGUGAACAGUAAAUCCACAGAUGUACAAAUUUUAGAUCGUAAGUUAAUCUACCGCGCUAAAUAGCAAUAAUACAGUAGGUGUACAUUCUGACGACCUUAACUGCGUGUAUUUCUGGUGGUACGCGACAAGGAUACGCAAAGAAAAAAAUUUGUUUUUUUCUAAAAAGAGUGGAACAUGCUAAAGACACACGACCGGGAACAAAAAGAACAGGAAAGAAACAGAGAUCAUUGUUGCUAACGUCUGACAUCGAUCAUGAUGCGUAAAUGGUGCGCGAAUAUCUCACAGAAGCUGCGGCACUGGUCGCAUCGCUCACGCGACUUUCCUAUCUUGUUUUUUUUUUCUUUCUUUUUUUAAGCGUACUACUGUCGCAGCGUAUACCAUAUACCGCAAUGAUAUUGAGUGCAACCUAUUUCAAAGCUAAUUUAAUGUAUAUUCUAUUCUAAUCUUAUAUGUCAAAAGAAAGAAAAAAUGAAGAAUAACCUAAAUGUACAAGACGAGCACUGCCUUUCGCCAACAAGAGCUGUGAAGUAGGUUAAUCGCAAUAACGGUUUCUAGCGAACGCAUUGAUCGUUUUAACUUCGUUUUAUCCAUCACUCCCAUUUCACUCGCCCCACUUCCCCUCACCAAUCGUCCUCAUCUCAAAUUGUUCAUCUUUUUAGUCCAAUUAUGGUGGAUUUCAUCGAUACCUUGCUUCAUCGGCAUCGCUGCAUAAGUUUUCCGAAGAAUGCGAAUGUGUAAGGAUAUUGUGCCAUCGUUUGAUCUAAAUGAAAUAGAGACACAAUAUUCCGGGCCAUGGUCAUUGGGAUUGCACAUCGAUGAUCCACCCAUCGAUGCGUGCUUACGGAAAUGAUUUCGUGGCCAAUAGUAUUAUUCUCACUUUGACACGAAAGACGAGUUUUAAAUUACUGCGUUUCUACAUUAGUACCAAGAAAUUUGUACAUUGAAGGCGUUUGUGAGCGAUUUUAUUGGAUGAAUCUUCUAUCAAUUCGUAUAUAAAUCGAAUCGACAACGAGGACAAUUAUAAUAUAUUGAGUUAUCUCUCAUCGGUACGCAUAUUGUAAUUUAUGCAACGAGAUUUAUUUUCGUGACGAAGAGGAAUUCAGAUCCUCCAAUCUUCCCGUAGCCGAGUUACGUCCGGCAGUAUAGCAAUGUUCCGAUGUAUUAUCUGAUGACACACCACAAAGGAAAUUCUUAAGAAAAAAGGCAAGACCGAACCACGGCACAAAUCUUGAUAAUACAAAUACUUAAAAUACUUGCGAUACAUAUUAUACAUGUGUAUGUAUUGAUCGCGAUACGCGCGAGUAAUCGUCUAAGGUAUAGGGACGCACGGUCGUGUAAAGGCGAAACUACAUUGCUUAAGAACGAUGUAUAUGCUUGUAUGUCUGAAAGUCAAAUUCAUCCGUUUGCUACACAUCUCGCGAGGACACAACCGUUCAAUUUUCUAUCCGCGUCGGUAUAAUUUGAGAGAGAAAAAGAGAGGGAGAGAGAAAGAGCAAGCGUGACGCCGUGUGCAAAUCGCAAAAUCAAAAGUACUAGAUGGUACGGUAGAAAAUCUUAGAGAAUAAGGCUUGAUAAAGGAAAGAUGUUUCGCUCAAUAGCAAACGUUGUAAUGAAAGAUAGCUUGUUCAUAAUUCGACGAAGAAAUUUGAUGCGAACGAAUCACUAAGCGAUACGCAAAGUGCGAAAUGACGAGAAUUGUCAAAAGAGUGGGAGAGGCGGAAAAAAGAGGAAAAAAAUUUAAUCAGCGACCGUCGCAAAAUUGGCCAAUUACACACGUGAUUCCCGGCAAGUAUCUCUUUGUGUCGUCGAAAUGAAAAGUUCGAGGAAUACCGCAGCAAUUAUACACAAACAAACAAAAAUAAGUGAGGAAGUACACUUACGGGAUACGUUCCAUGCUAUCACUUUAUUUUUGCACCAUGGUUACGCGAAUGUAGUUACGAGAUUUCUCAGCCUCGCAGAACACUAGUUACGAACGAGCUGUAUGAUGACACGCAUACACGUACGUUCCAAUUCGUCGUACAAAACUGAAAUUUUCCCUAAACCACCUUUCACAACGACGACGGCGACGGCGACGACGAUAAAAUCGCUUCGAGCGACGUAAACGCGGAAGUGGUCGCACGGGGAUUUCGAUGAGCUAGUGAUCGACUGACAAUUACCACAUUGUGUUCUUUAUCAUUAUUGCGACUAUCCGACACUGUGUUCCAAAUCGAGAAAUGCAUUAAUUUUCCAUUUCUUUAUUAAGAGAAAGAAAGAUCACGUAGGGGAUAUAACGUGUCUCACGUAAAAGUAUUAGCUCGCAUCGGCCCGAACGUUCAGGGGUGGUUGAGGGAUAAUAGGAUUAUAACAGAGAGGGAUUAAUUUACUCGACAUUAAAUUUGUAAGUCCGAUUAGAGAUUAGGCGGGAUUUUUAAGCGAGAGGAAGAAAGAGAGAGAUCUCUAAUUAGGAAACUAGGCUUAAUUCGUACGAUAAAUGAAGGUAUACCGUAUAUUCGACGAUAAGAGACAGUUAGAGGAGAUGCAAAGGUAGACAUGAAAACACCAAACUUACAGAAUAGCUUAUCACCACUCAGGGAAAAUCAGUUUACUACGCAAAUUCCUUCGAGUUUUCCUUGUGGGCGUCGAUUGUGCCGCGGGAGUACGACAUGUAAAACACAGUUGCCAAAUUGUCGUGCGCUCUCGAGGAGUCGUGACUCUUGUUCGCCGUCACGAUUGCAAUCGAUUUUAAUGCGACAGCUAUUGAAGUAGCUACGAGAUAAUGGCGAGCGGAAAACUGCCAUUCUCUUGAAUUCGUAAUUAAGGAGAAUCUAAUUGGAGAAUAUAUCGUUUCUUCAUCGAUCGCAGAACGCUCGCUGGCGUCACACACCACGCAAAAAGUCGCGUAACUCCUCGAGAGUACGUGAUAAAAGGUAUCGAACUCCGAGCGUAUUGAUCGUACUGAUUUGGUGAAUUUCAUGAUUGACGACCUUGUCGAAAGUUCGCUAGGAUUUCUGAAGGAGAGAGAGAGCGAGAGAGAGAAAAUAUGGGAAAAUGAGAAAAAAAUAAAGGAAAAAAAAUAAAUUAUACGCGAUAUUGGGACACGAGACAGCGCGUUUAUACUUGAAGAGUAUUUUAUGCAUUAUCAGUAUAGUCGAGUGUAUUGUUUAGGGUACUAUAUUAUUACGGUACGCGCGAAGGCGAUUACAGGAAAUAACGGCGGGGAAAGAGAACAGUUGUAUGAUAUCCUAGCAAAAGAAAAAGUAAAAGAAAGAAGAAAAAAAGAAAAAACAAAAGAAGCGUCGAAGUUACAGAGCAGUACGAUAAUAUUUUUUCACAGCUGAUCGUGCCAAAUCUUUUCUCAAUCGAAUUCAUUAAACUUCUCGAUAUUCCUUAGGCGACUCGUUGAGACGUGUGUAGAAAACUAGAGAAAAAGAGAGAAAGCAACCCGGCGAUGUCGCGAGACGAAAAUGUCACUGCACGUCUAAUAAGUCUUUAGUCAUUCACACACACAUACACACACGGAUAGAGGAAUCACGCGUUCGCAUACGUGCACGUGUGUGCGUGUGCGCGAGUCGGUGUGAGGCUUUUCUCCCCUUUCGAAUGAUAAUCGUCGAUCAUUUUCCUUGGUGAGUUACUUAUCGUCGCGUCGCGUCAAUUCUCCUCCAUCCCACGAUUGUCCGGCAAGAAGAUGAAAAAUAUCGUUUCCGCGUUUCUGUGUUCAAUCUCGUGUGUCGGAGGUACAAAGAAAAAAAAAGCACUUGUGUUCCUAAUCAUCCGAGAAUCGAAUCGAGCUCUCGAGCGUCCUUAAGGUAAUCCCUAUUUUUGCCCAAAACUCUCCUCCGGCGCCCGGAGGAGAAGAAUAUCGGGUGUAUACAGAAUUCAUUAGCGACUGUCAUCGAUGUAGUGAUCGAGCGUAGAUUUUACUUUCGUAGAUAAGAUCUUGUCUUAAGAGCGCGCGAUGCGUUUAAUCUUAUGUGUAAUGGACGUUUACCAAAUAAAUUGUCAGUUUCCUACGAGUACAUUUUUCGACGUACGUAUGUGUGUCCGUGCGUGCGUGCGUGCGUAUGUGCGCGCUGCAAGUCCAGGUGGGUCGUUUUUAAACGCAUAAGCAUGUAACUUAACUGAAGUUCUUUUUGCAAGAUCCUUGCAGUUUUAAAUUGUAUAAUUCAAGACGUAUCGCUCAUAACUUAAGGCUCCUCCCUAGGAGUCGAUCACGAAUCUUCAAGUUCUUUAGUAUAAACUCGUGAAAAGUGAAAAACCUUACUUGAAUGUAUGAAAAUGUUUAUCUCUCACUUUACACUGGAGGAAAAGAUUCGUGAUUUCCUUCAAGUACUCCAAAAUUAUUUACUUUUUACGAUUUCAUAUAGCAGAAAAAAAUUACACAGUAAGAGAGAUCGAGUUUACGUGAAAAGAUGAUCGUGAUAAAUACUCUGCCUUGAUCGCCCCGCCUAUCAUAAUUUGUAGCUUUAGAAGCGAGGAAAUGUAUUUCCCGAGAUUCCUGCAAAGUAUAAAUAAGAAGAUAAUCCAAAAAAUGACACAAUCGAUUAAGAAAUAUUUCUAAAAUACUCCCAACACUUUUACUUUGCUCUAACACUCAAUAAGUAAUCUAAAAUUUACGUGAUAAAAUAAUAAGGAAAUAUAGAUUAAAAAAGAAGAUUGCGUGUUGCGUUAAUUUUACGAUUAUUUAUCUUACGUUAGAACAAAAGGGAAAUUUUGUGAGUGUUGCAGUACUUGAAGGCGAUCAUGAAUCUUUUCCACUAAUGUAAACUCCGCGACAAGCAGACAGGAACCUUAAUAUGUUUAAUGUGUUGAAUAACUUGAAACGGUAAGAAACAUAAAAAAGAUAUUCAGCCAAAAUUGAACACAUGGAUUUUCAAUGUGUUCAGUGUUCCAGAGGGAAAAGCAAAACUGUCACGUUGCGAACGACAAAUCUUUCUCAAAAUCGUUCCUCAUCUUCCAACGAUAUCCGAAAUUUCACUGCGCUAAUUAAAACUCCAUUGAUUCCACAUUGAGUGUUCGCUCGUGAGGCUUCGCCGUAAAUCGUUUUACGUACUUCAUACGUAUAGUUGUGCAUAGAAUAUACUGGCAGCAAAGAAAGUAAUUUGCAAUUGGACGGCCGUGCGGGAUAAGUGGAUCCUUUAGUCGGACGCGAAGUGAUAUCGCCGACAUUGAAGGUCAACAGACUCGUAUUUGGCCUGACUUGGCGUCACACGUUUCGAACCUUUUGCACUUUUCUACCAGAAGGACGCUCGCGAAAACGAGAAAGAUGCGUCUCUCAUAAGGGUCUAUACGUCUCCGAAUGGCUAGGUGCACCGGCCACGGCUUUAGUAACGGCUUUCCGAAUAGCGAUUUACUGUUCUUUCUUGAGAAAAAAAAGGGAAAAAAGCUUUCUUACUCGAAAGAAUAAUAAUUCAGCUCAGAAUUACAAAACGGCACACGCUACGUCCGACGAAGGCAUUGUUCUCGCAGUCGCUCGUUUCGUCAAUCUCGUCCCCGUGAACCGGGAUCCUCCGUAUGGCGUGUAAUAUCUCAAACGAGAAAUGUAAACACUGUGCGAUACAAUUUUGUAAUGUAAUUGUGCAUACGAAGCAUGUAAUAAAACGAAGGACUAAACGUA